CAAUGUGACAGCAGCAGAACUACAGGAUCAGCUACUAGAAUUUAGGAAUGAUCAUCCAACAGAUGGCUCUAUAAGACAGGAGGAGAUGGCUUCCACAGAGAGUGGGCUCCGUAUUCAGGGGGAUGAAAACCUGCAGUCCAUGCUGGUGGGGACAGUUAUGAGAAAAAUUAAGUCUCGUACUUGGAAAAAACAACGAUAUUUCAAGCUCCAGGAUGACUGCAUGACCAUCUGGUACAAAUCCAAGAAAGCUGGCAAAGCUCACUCUACCUUUUCUAUGAGGGAUGUGGAGGUAGUGCGAGAGGGCCAUCAAAGUGAAGUACUUCUCAGCAUCGCAGACGAGUUCCCUGCUAACCGAUGCUUCACGGUGGUGUUCCAUGGUCGCAGAGGAAACUUGGACCUGGUGGCCGAGUCAGCCGAGGAGGCCCAGUCCUGGAUCAAAGGCAUGAGGAAGCUGAUUGAAAACCUGGAAAACAUGGGAGAGAGGGAAAAACUAGACCAAUGGAUAGGUGACUGGUUCCAAAAGGCUGACAAGAACAACGAUGGCAGGAUGAACUUCAAGGAAGUGCGAGAUCUCCUGAGGAUGAUGAAUGUGGAUAUGAAUGAACACCAUGCUCACCGUCUGUUCACAAUGGCAGAUAAAUCACAGACUGGUGCCCUCGAAGGGGAUGAGUUUGUCUUGUUCUACAAGAUGUUAACCCAGAGAGAAGAUAUUUUGAACAUUUUCCAGGAGUACUCAUCUGAUGGUCAGAAGUUAUCCCAGAGUGACAUAGAGGACUUCCUGAGAAAGGAGCAGCUGGAGGAUGUUGAUAUCCAACACCAUGCUCAAGAGCUAAUUAAAUACUAUGAGCCCUCAGAUACAGCAAAACAACUGAAGGCUAUGACAUUUGAUGGCUUCUUGAUGUACCUCGGUUCUGCUGAAGGCUCUAUCUUCAGUCCAAAGUGCAGGGGCAUUUUUCAAGACAUGACUCAGCCGCUGUGUCAUUACUUCAUCUCCUCCUCCCACAACACAUAUCUGAUGGAGGACCAGCUCAGAGGACAAAGCAGUGUGGAAGGAUACAUCAGGGCUCUUAAUCGCGGCUGCAGGUGUGUGGAAGUAGACUGUUGGGAUGGUGCCAAUGGAGAGCCCAUUGUCUAUCAUGGACAUACAUUCACCUCUAAAAUCCUCUUCAAGGAUGUGGUCAAUGCAGUGGGAAAAUAUGCUUUCAAGAUAUCAGAAUAUCCAGUUAUUCUGUCAAUCGAGAACCACUGCAGUGUUGACCAGCAGAGAGUCAUGGCCCAACACCUCAAGCACAUUCUUGGGGACAAGUUGCUUAGAGGCAUGUUGGAUGGCAGGGCCCCAGUAGGGCUUCCAUCUCCUGAGGAACUUAAAGGGAAGAUUCUUCUGAAAGCAAAAAAAAUUGGUGGUUUAGAGGAAACACUCAAUGGGACUGUUGAAGACUCGCUGACAGGAGAGGUCAGUGAUGAAGAUGAAGUAGCAGAAAUAGAUGAAGAAAUUCUUCAUCGUGAGAGUAUCCGGCGCAGAGUAAAGAAGUCAAAGCAGCGUUUGUCUAAAGAGCUGUCAGACUGUGUGGUCUACUGCAAGAGUGUUCACUUCAGGAGCUUCAAACAUGCCCGCAUCCACUCCAAGUUCUACGAAGUGGCCUCUUUCACAGAGUCCAAAGCUCGCAAGCACCUACGAGAGGCUGUUGCACUGAAUUUCCAGACAGCUGGAGAGGGGAUGGAUUUAAAUGAUGGCCUGUUCAGUCAGAAUGGACGCUGUGGCUAUGUCCUGAAGCCAGCUUUCAUGAGAGACAAAAAUGACAGGUUUGACCCUGAGCUGCCUCAGAAACGAGAUGACUACCAACCCAUCGUCCUUACCAUUCAGGUGAUAAGUGGCCAGCAGUUGCCUAAAGUCAACAUCAAAGAGGAUUCUAUAGUGGAUCCUCUAGUCAGAGUGGAGAUCCAUGGAGUUCUGAUGGACCAGGCCAAACAGGAAACCAGACACAUUGAAAACAAUGGAUUCAAUCCCCUGUGGAAUGAUACUCUGCGCUUUACCAUCCACACACCUGAACUGGCUCUGGUCCGCUUUGUGGUGGAAGACUACGACAAGACAUCCAAAAACGACUUUGUGGGGCAAUUUACACUCCCACUCAGCUGUAUGCAAAAAGGUUAUCGUCACAUUCACCUUUUGUCCAGAGACGGAACCAGGAUUUCUCCCUCAUCCUUGUUUGUUCAUGUCAGGAUCACAGAUCUGGAAUGACCUGAAAGGAUUUUCUGCAAAGAACAGCUUUCCACCUUGUAUUUAAUAAUGGAAGUCCAUUUAUAUUUGUCUCAUAAAGCAUUAGAUUAAGUGUUAGUAUUGCAAUAUUCUUAUUUGAAGUGAAUCGAAAUUUUAUGCCAAAUGUGAAGCGAUUCUAAAGAGCUGAUGCAAGGAUGGCUGCUCUCCAUCUUAUAGUGUGUGCGCAGGCGUGUGUGUGUGUGUGUUGGGUUGUUAGUGACUGCAUGCAUGUGGAUUUCUGCUGUUCUUGUUUAUUGUGCUGUAGUGGAGAAUGUGCCACCAGAUAUCUGAGUCAGGAAAUUCCUUCCCUUGCUUUAUGUAUCCGUCUGCAUUGCUCCUGUCUUCAGUUCGGCUCCUACUGUCAUGAUGGAGUUCUUACACACACUUUCAGUGGACAGCAUUUUUCCACCUUCUCUUUGAAGCACAUUGGUCUGAGUUGAAGCUGAAGUGAGGAACUCCUCACAGUUCAGUGUGUGUACAUAAUACAUAAUUGUGUGAAUUUAUUUUUGUAUUUAUACCAUGAUAUUUAUAGCAAACUGUAAACCUUUUUUGUUUGUUUUGUAUUGGACAUAUUUUCAUUGAGCACAAUCAGGAAGAAAUAAAAGACUUACAGACUGUA